AUGGAUCAGACAAACCACACAGCAGUGACAGAGUAUGUCCUGCUGGGACUACAGGACCACCACAGCCUAGAGAUUGUUCUGUUUGUGCUUUGUCUGGUUAUCUACUGUAUAACACUACUAGGAAACUCCUUCCUUGUGGGGCUGAUUGUGCUGGACCCCCACCUGCACAGCCCCAUGUACUUCUUCAUCAGCAACCUCUCUCUCAUAGACAUCUGUGGUACCUCUUCCUUCACACCUAUGAUGCUCCUCAACUUCCUGGAUGUCCACAGGACCAUCUCCUUCCCCAGCUGUGCCCUGCAGAUGUACAUGACCCUGGCCCUAGGUGCUACCGAGUGCCUGCUUCUGGCUGUGAUGGCCUACGACCGGUACAUGGCUAUCUGCCAGCCGCUUCGCUACUCAGAGCUCAUGAAUGGGCAGCUAUGCAUACAGAUGUCGGUAAUAAGCUGGGGAACAGGCUUUGCCAACUCGCUCCUGCAGUCCAUCCUUGCCUGGCGCCUCCCCUUCUGUGGUCAUUACAUCAUCAACCAUUUCUUCUGUGAGAUCUUGGCAGUGCUGAAACUGGCCUGUGGGGACAUUUCCCUCAAUGCACUGAUAUUAAUGGUGGCCACAACUGUCCUGACAAUGACCCCACUUCUGCUCAUAUGCCUCUCUUACAUUUUCAUUCUGGCUGCUAUCUUGAGGAUGCCCUCUGCUGCAGGCCGGAGCAAGGCCUUCUCCACCUGCUCUGCCCACCUCACAGUGGUGGUGAUUUUCUAUGGAACCAUCUCCUUCAUGUACCUCAAGCCGAAAGACAAAGACCCCAGUGUGGAUAAGAUUGUCACGUUACUCUAUGCGAUUGUGGCCCCCUCACUGAAUGCCUUCAUCUAUAGUCUGAGGAACACAGAGGUGAAAGCUGCUUUCACAGCUCUGGUACGGGGAGGUCUCCUCACCAGGAAAAUGUCCCACUUUUAA